CCUGGGGUGUCUAGACCUUGACUGUCACAUUGACUGCACAAGGGCCUUGUGUGUCCCACAUCGCUCCAUAGAACCAGUGGGGAAACUGACACCUAGUGGAGACUUCUCAGAUCCUGAGAACUCCAGCAGCUGUUCUGCAUUGGACUCCUGACUGUCUUUCAAUACCUGAAUUCUCUGGUCUUGCAUAUUACCCAACCCGCUCCCACCUAUCCCUGGCUUAUCUACCUGUGCGACAGCUGUGUCUGACUUUAUCUAGUUCUGCUCACAAACUUAGCAUGUGUUCAUUAUCCCUGGGCUUUGAGCUGCUGCUCCAAACUUAGCGCGGUUUAAUAUUUCUCUAGCGUUAUCUAAGUGAUACAGCAACUGAUAUAAACGCUCCGUGCUGCUCCGGUGUCAGGUAGGUUGCAGCCCAUCCAAGAUGAAGGGCAUUCUUGCGCUGGUCUGCUUCCUGCCCUGUUUAACGUCUGGGACCCAGCUCUCCUUUCCGGGAGAAGGUGAGCCGUGGGAGGUCCCCUCGUUCUACUCUGUCUCCGACAGUGAGAUCAAGAGUGUCUCUGAGACGCUGUACUCUGCCGACGUGAACAAGGCCACCAGCCACGAGAUCGUCCUCAACCUGCAGCACAAGAUCUCCUCUGACCAGACCGGGGCAGGCCAAGACUACGCCAGCCAGAAGCUCUUCAGCUACGUGGACGAGGAUGCCCUCUUCUCCAAGCCCACCUUUGCCAGGCUCUUGGCUCUGCUGAAUAACUACGAACGCAUGACGGGCAAGGAGGAGGUGGUGACCACCUCCGAGAGCCAGGAGGUAGACGCUUUCCUGGAUGAAAUCUUCCAGACCCAGGUGAUGGAGAAGCUGACCCAGUUCUUUCUUUCUAAAGGUAUCUAUUUGUCGGAGAAUGACUUCAAGGCAGACCUGAAGAAGAUGUGGUUCGGGCUCUACUCGCGCUCGAAGGGAGCGGCCAUGGACUCCUCUGGCUUUGAACACGUCUUCCACGGUGAAAUCAAGAGCGGGAAAAUCUCAGGUUUUCACAACUGGGUCCAUUACUACGAGCUGGAGAAGAACGGGCAGAUCAAUUACCUGAGCUACAGCUACGAUGGACCUUGGACCGGCUACCCUGACAUCAUGGCCUUCCAGUACCGCUGGACGGGUUAUCUGAAGAGCGUCGGCUCCUUCUUCAUCGGCUCCAGCCCCGAGUUUGAGCUGGCCGUGUACACGCUGUGCUACAAAACCAGGCCCAACAAGCUGUGCACGCUCAGCCUCGGCGGGAAAUCGGCUCAGAUUCAAACUUACUCCUGGACCAACUCGGAGUACGGCACAGGCAAGCGGUACCUCGCCUCCUCGUACCCCAACUCCCCCUGACCCUCCCCCCCAGCACCACGACAAUAAACCUUUGCCUCGCUCAGCCGCUCCCUUUUGCCUUUUGUUUUCAGGGUCCCAAGUGGGGGAC